UCUGGUCUAAAGUAAGCCUUUUUACACUCCCAUUCUGUACAGGCUGGAUAAGUGCCAUCUGGGAUCUGUAUUAAUAGAUGCCCUGGUUUGCUAUUGGAGAGUAACACUAAGGUAGCAGCUGAAGCUGCAGAGCAAGGGAAGAGGCAGUGCCCUGGCAGCAGACACCUGUAAAUUCCUUACUUUGUUCACUGAACACCUGCACUGAAUUCACAAGAGCCCAGGAAUUGCUGUGGGGAUCUGUUAAGAGAAGCAAGCAGCAAUCACCUUCAGCGACCAGAAGCAUCAAUGAGCAGCCAGAGCAUACACACUGCCGGACAGAUGGAGGUUGAUAAGAACAAACAGGAAACAAGGCCUAUGAAAAGGAACGCAGUGCUUGUUGAUGGUGUUGUUUUGAAUGGACCAAUAAUAGACAGCAGUUCUGGAGAAAAAUUUGUAGAAGACGUAUAUAGGAUUCUAAUGAAUGAACUUGUGUACAAGGCAUCUGAUAUUAAUCAGAAGGUGUGUGAAUGGCAAGAACCAGAGCAACUAAAGAAACUGCUGGACCUAAAUAUUAAAGAUAAUGGAGAACCCCAUGAGAAACUUCUCCAGCUUUGCAAGAACGUCAUAAAAUACAGUGUAAAAACAAGUCACCCAAGGUUCUUCAAUCAGCUGUAUGCUGGCAUGGAUCAUUACUCUUUAGCUGCUCGUUUUAUAACUGAGGCACUGAACCCAAGUGUAUAUACUUAUGAAGUAUCUCCUGUAUUUAUACUAACUGAGGAAGCUAUUCUGAAGAAAAUGAUUGAAUUUCUAGGCUGGAAAGAAGGUGAUGGGAUAUUUAGUCCUGGUGGUUCAGUUUCCAAUAUGUAUGCUGUAAACCUAGCCAGGUAUAAGUAUUGCCCUGACAUAAAACAGAAAGGCCUUUCAAGUGCUCCGCGGCUUGUCAUGUUUACAUCAGAAGAGUGUCAUUACUCCAUGAAGAAGGCAGCUGCUUUCCUUGGCAUUGGCACUGAAAAUGUAUAUUUUGUGAAGACUGAUGAUCGAGGUAAGAUGAUACCAGAGGAAUUGGAGAACCAAAUACAGCGAGCAAAGAAAGAGGCAGCUGUUCCAUUCCUUGUUAGUGCCACCUCUGGCACCACUGUGUUAGGAGCGUUUGAUCCUCUGGAUGAUAUUGCCAACAUCUGUGAAAAACAUAAACUUUGGUUUCAUGUGGAUGCAUCUUGGGGAGGCUCUGCUUUAAUGUCUCAGAAGUACAGAAAAUGUUUGCAUGGUAUCCACAGGGCUGAUUCAGUGGCAUGGAAUCCACACAAAAUGUUGAUGGCUGGAAUCCAGUGCUGUGCUCUGCUUGUGAGAGACAAUUCUGGCCUGCUUAAACGCUGUCACUCGGCAGAAGCCACCUAUCUUUUCCAGCAAGAUAAAUUCUAUGAUGUACAAUACGAUACAGGGGACAAAUCUAUUCAGUGCAGUCGGCGUGCUGAUGCUUUCAAGUUCUGGAUGAUGUGGAAAGCAUUGGGGACCACAGGGCUGGAGGAGAGGAUAAACCGUGCUCUUGCACUGACAAGAUAUCUAGCAAGCGAAAUUAAGAAACGAGAUGGGUUUGAACUUCUCUGGGAGCCGGAAUAUGCAAACACCUGUUUUUGGUACAUUCCACCAUCCUUCAGGAACAUGGAAAAGGGACCGGAGUAUUGGCGGAAAUUUAGUAAUGUGGCUCCUACAAUCAAGGAGAGAAUGAUGAAGAAGGGUAGCAUGAUGGUCGGCUAUCAGCCACACCGUGAUAAGGUUAACUUCUUCCGCCAUAUUGUUAUCAGCCCCCAAGUGAGCCGGGAAGACAUGGACUUUGUUCUGGAUGAGAUUGAACGGCUUGGCAGAGAUUUGUAGCUGUGGUUGAGCAGCACACUGUGCUGCUUGCGCUUGAACUUUUGAAUGCUAUGGUCACAUUCAGUUAGCCCUUAAUUACUAAUUUAAUUUCUAAAAAAUGUUGUUGUCUUUUACUUAAUUAAUAAACUUAUUUACAGUGGAUGGCUAGUUUACAAGAUCUUGGCAAUAAAAGGGAAAGUCAACCCAAAGAAUCAGCUUUUAAUCAGCCAAGACAUCAAUUUAUACAGUGCUUUGCAUGUUUCUGGUACGCUCUAUCUUCACAGGUCUGUUAAUCACAGAGCAUGCAGUGCAUUGUGGGAACUGGAGUCUUGGCUAGAGGAGAGAUGAGCAUGAAUGUAAUGGUAUUACCACCUUGUUUCAAUGGAAUGACAGUAAAGGGAACAUUAAGAAACGGACAGAUUCCACUUUAAACCGCAACUGGAAUUUAAUUUUUUGUCUCAUGCAGAAACCCUGUUCUUUGGGUAGACACCCCCUUUAAAGCCAUAUCAGAUUUAUAGCUUUUUUCUUUCCCUUGGUAAAGUGCACACUAAAAAUGAAUAGGGUUCCAUUAAAACAAUACUAAAUCUAAUUACAUUAACAGAACUUAAUGGACCCGUAAUACUUUAAAGUGGUUUUAUUUUAAUUUGAAGUUUGUAUCCGCCCAAACUGCACCUACAAAUGUCAUAUUUCAUAUUAAAAAGAAUGUAAUUGUAUAGUUCUAUAGAGAGCCAUGAAGUCAUUUAACCUCUGUUAAUCUUUACAUGAACCAUUGCAAUCUAAUGACGUUGCCUAUGAUCUGCUAUGCCUGCCCUUUAUGCUCUGAAGCAAAUGUCCUGGUCCUUUACGAAUUAACCAAAAUGAGGACAGUUUUCUUUUGCAAUGGGACUUUCUGAUUUUAGACAAAAACCCUGCUUUCCUAAAGAAACUGAACAAAUAGAAUUUAUAUAUAUUACAACUGCCGUUAAUUUAUUUUAUAUAAAUAAUAUUUAUUCACAUGGUUAAACAUUGUUAGUAACAAUAUAAGAAAUUUGAGUUCAGCUCGUAUGUAUUUAGUAUAGAUUGCUAGAUGCUAAAAGCACUACUUUAUCCAUUUGCAAAUUCUCUAUUGACAUCAAUAGUAGCAGCACAUUCUAAGGCCUUUAGGACUGAUGUUAUUUCUAUUGCACAAUAGGUGUAUUAAAGCGGAGGCCUGCCUGCCUACCUGCCCGCCCUAAUACUGU